AUGAUACAGGCGAAACAGACGCGGAGUACUACUCCCUGCCCCAGCUGUGAGACAGACGUGGAGUACUACUCCCUGCCCCAGCUGUACGAGCUGGACGACUACUACGGCUGCCUGGUGCGCGGCGGCGUCUACUGCUUCAGGCUGUUCCAGCUGGAGGCGCCACCGGGGAACGAGCUGUUCCACAUGAUACAGGUGAGACAGACGCGGAGUACUACUCCCUGCCCCAGCUGUGAGACAGACGCUGAGUACUACUCCCUGCCCCAGCUGUACGAGCUGGACGAGUACUACGGCUGCCUGGUGCGCGGCGGCGUCUACUGCUUCGGGCUGUUCCAGCUGGAGGCGCCACCGGGGAACGAGCUGUUCCACAUGAUACAGCACUACUCCGAGGAUCGGGUGCGGCAUUCGGACCACAGUCAGUUGUACCGCGGGUUUUGCCUGCCGCGCCGUUGCCCCCAUGACCCCGGCAAGGAUGAUCGGCAAUGGUUUGCAUCCUGCGUGAACUCGACCCUAAUCUCGGAGUACGGUGUGUCAGCAGAACUGAAGCGACUGGAGUACUGCACGAGGGAGCUACAGGGAAGAACAUUAACCGCUAAAGGUGUUUUGUUCAUUGGUUUUGUCGUCGUACUCGCGAUAGCAGCCACCAUCACUACCAUUUUGGACUUGAAGCUAUCAGAUGAAAGUAAAAAAGAUGCAGGCUGGAUGCUAUCGUGGUCGGUGCUUCGCUCGUGGCGGUCACUGACCCAGCCGGUACAGACGGCUGGCACGGACCUGCGGUUCCUGGAUGGUCUGCGAGCUAUAUCCAUGAUGAUCCUUAUGUUGCUCCACGCAACUAUCUACUCCAUACUCAGUGUUGCCGAUACACGUAUUUACGAACAGAGUAAAUUGUACAUGACAAUGAGCAACUUGACACUAGCUGUGCAAGUCUUUUUCAUCAUAUCCAGUUUUUUGAUGGCACACAAAGUCCUCCAGAAGGAGAACAUACCAGCAGAGAUAAAUUUCGUACAAACGAUGCAAAAUAGAAUCGUAAGAAUACUGCCCACCUUAACGGUUUGGAUACUCUACAUGUCAACCUUACAUGAGUACUUCGGUUCUGGGCCUGCGUGGAAGUGGGGAGUCCGAAAUGAGGUGGAGACUUGUCAGCAAUCCUGGUGGAUGAAUGUCCUCUUCGUCAACAACUUCAACAAUCAAGUGAAGUGUCAAAAACAAACUUGGUACCUGGCGGCAGACAUGCAGCUGUACGUCGCUAUGCUGGCGCUGACGCUGCUGCUGCGAGGCCGCCGAGCGCUGCCGAUUCUGUCAGCACUGCUUGCGGCGGCCAUGACGCUCAGUGCGGUCAUAGCCUACGCGUGGAACCUCAUGCCGUCGUACGCGAUACACUCUCCCGAUAACUAUCGUGGCCAGUACACGGACGUUGCGACCUUCAACUUACUGUACCAGUCGCCCUGGGGCAACGCGUUCGCGUCACUAACUGGGCUGCUGCUGGCGCACGCGCAUCACGCACUCAAGAUAUCCAAGCGUUUCAGUGGGCUUCGAAGUUGGCAGGACCGGCUGUCUUACUCUGGAUCGUAA